GUAAAGCUCGGACGAUCUUUUCCGGGUCGAAAAAUUAGCACACCCAUGAAUGUGAGCUAGCGGGCCCGAGUUCUUCAUUUAAAAAAACCCGAAAGAAAACAUAAUCGGACAUUUAAACACCGCCAGUACAGAACAUUCCAGUGUAUCGUUCUGUAACCAUAUGACACAGCAAUGCCGGGGCUCAGCUGUCGAUUUUACCAGCACCGGUUCCCAGAGGUGGAGGAUGUUGUGAUGGUGAACGUGAGGUCCAUCGCUGAGAUGGGCGCCUAUGUCAGCCUCUUGGAGUACAACAACAUCGAGGGCAUGAUCCUUCUGAGCGAGCUGUCGCGUCGACGUAUCCGCUCCAUCAACAAGCUCAUCCGCAUAGGCCGCAAUGAGUGCGUGGUCGUCAUCCGAGUAGACAAAGAAAAGGGAUACAUUGAUUUAUCAAAAAGAAGAGUUUCUCCAGAGGAAGCCAUCAAGUGUGAAGAUAAGUUCACCAAAUCCAAAACUGUGUACAGCAUCCUGCGACACGUGGCAGAAGUGCUGGAUUACAGUAAGGAUGAGCAGCUAGAAAGCUUGUACCAGCGCACUGCCUGGGUCUUUGAUGAAAAAUACAAGCGGCCAGGAUACGGAGCUUAUGAUGUCUUCAAACAGGCUGUAUCAGAUCCCGCCAUUCUGGAUGGUCUGGACCUAACAGAGGAAGAGAGGAGCGUGCUGAUUGAUAACAUCAACAGGCGACUCACUCCACAGGCUGUCAAAAUCAGAGCAGACAUUGAAGUGGCAUGCUACGGGUAUGAGGGCAUUGAUGCAGUGAAGGAAGCUCUGAGGGCUGGGCUGGGCUGUUCCACAGAGGCCAUGCCCAUCAAGAUCAACCUGAUCGCUCCCCCUCGCUACGUGAUGACAACAACCACUCUGGAGCGCACAGAGGGUCUGUCUGUCCUCAAUCAGGCCAUGGCUGCUAUCAAGGAGAAGAUUGAAGAGAAGAGAGGCGUCUUUAACAUCCAGAUGGAGCCCAAGGUGGUGACAGACACGGAUGAGACAGAGCUCGCCCGGCAGCUGGAGAGGUUAGAGCGGGAGAACGCCGAGGUGGAUGGAGACGAUGACGCCGAGGAGAUGGAGGCCAAAGCAGAGGAUUAGAGUCGUUCCUCGGAAGAAGGAUGGAGGGAAAAACAUCAGAGGAGAAAAUGUGGACAGACCUGGCCACAGUCGCUCAGUCCAACAGAUGUUAACUUUCACAUUGCAAACAUUAACUGGCGUUAAUAGUUCAUUGGCAAACAUUCAGGUUUGUUCAUUAGCAGGAUUUGUCUGAGGAUGGUCACUCAAAAUACUGUCUUCUUAUCCAGACAUGGACACAAGGAAACGUUAAAUUACAAAUUACACACCAAUAUAGUUUCUAUUUUUAAGUACACCGAUUUGAAUAAAUAAUAACUCUAAAACAACAAAAGCUGUUUACAAGCAGUGGCCUUCACUUGCGUCUUGCUUUAAGAGCCCAGUGUCUUCAGUAUCCAUGGCGCUUCAUCUCUGGCUGGUCACUGGAUGUGAUUGAUAUAUGGGGAAACGCAUAUGCUCGUCUGUCUCUACACCAGUCAGAGGUGACUUGAUUUUGUGCUGUUUCUCUUCCAGUUUAAAGGGUUUUUACUGACGAGACCUGCUCUUGUUCAGCUCACAUGGCAUCAAUAAAGCUCUGGAAGUUUUGAUCUCAA